AUGGGAGCCCGCACGGGUGAGACAGCGGAAAUUGAAAAUGCGCCGACUCAGCAGUCACGCGAUGGCGGUGGUGAUGAUGAUGGAGGCGGAAGGGAUAUUGCCGGCUCGUUCUUAUCUAAGAAUGCUGCGGGGCAACGGAUUGUUGUGACGCCCGCAGAAUCAGCGCGUGUGCUACGGCGGAUUGACGCCGUCAUCUUGCCUAUUAUGUUGACGGUGUACUUCCUUCAGGGAUUGGAUAAGGCGACACUAGCGUACUCAUCUGUGUUCGGACUGCUUACCGACACGAAGUUGGUGGGCGACCAGUAUAGCUGGCUGGGCAGUAUUGUGUAUCUCGCCCAGCUUGUUAUGCAGCCGCCGCUGGCUUGGUUGCUGGUGCGUCUGCCCAUCGCCAAGUUCACCAGUAUUAUGGUACUAUUCUGGGGUAUUUCGCUCGCCUGUAUGGCCGCUGCGCAUAACUUUGGGGGUCUUAUCACCACACGUUUCUUCCUUGGUGUCUUUGAAGCUUCAGUCGCGCCUAGCUUUGUUGCGAUUACGCAGAUGUGGUGGAGGAGACGGGAACAGACGGUUAGGACUAGUUACUGGUAUGCUAUGAAUGGAAUUACGAAUAUGUUUGGCAGCUUGAUUACCUAUGGCUUGGGUCACAUUUCAUCGCGUCUCCGAUCUUAUCAGAUUAUAUUUAUGUUCUUUGGGGUAAUCACUGUUGCAUUUAGUUUCGUUAUGCUGGCGUUUAUGCCGGAUUCGCCGAUAGAAGCAAAGUUCCUCAAUGACCACGACAAAAUAAUCGCUGUUGAACGACUGCGCAUGAACCAGAUGGGCGUUAUAUCGCGCGAAUGGCGUAAUGAUCACUUCAAGGAGACCAUGCUUGACCCUAAAUCCUGGUUCUGGUUUGCGCUGUUGUUCUCUAUCAGUAUCCCAUCUGGUGGAAUUUCAACCUUCGGGCCCUUGAUCGUCUCGACUUUCGGCUUUGACCAAUUCCAAACUAUUCUCUUCAACAUUCCUUUCGGAUUCGUCCAGCUUGUAGCCACUGUUGGUGGGGCUUUCCUCGCCCAGAAAAUCAAGAUGAAGGGUCCCGUCAUCGCGGGUCUCUGCCUACCACCAAUAGCAGGGUGUGUGAUGCUAAUGGUACUUCCACGAGAUGUAUCUUCCAGAGCACCCCUUUUAGUUGGAUAUUACCUAAUCUCGGUCUACCCAGGAAUAACCCCGCUUAUUUACUCCUGGGCCUCACAAAAUACCGCCGGUGACACUAAGCGGAAAUGCACGAACGCCGUACUCUUCAUCGGCCAAUCCGUCGGUAACGUAAUUGGCCCGCUUCUCUACACGCAGACCGAAGCACCGGGCUAUUCCCGGGGUCUUCGCUCGAAUCUCGCGCUCUACGUUGCUAUUAUUGUGCUUUCUGGCCUUACAACCGCAUAUCUACGACUCCUAAAUGCGGGCCACGCGAAGAGGCGCGUGGCUAUGGGAAAGAGCGCCAUAAUCGUUGAUACGAGCUUAGACUCCGCGAAAGAAGUAGCAGCGCGGGAAGAAAUCAAUGCUGCUACGGCGGAAGCGACUGGGGGUGAGGAGGUGGAGAGGCCGGGCGAACGGGCGUUUGAGAAUCUGACUGACUUGCAGAAUGAGGAGUUCGUAUUUGUUUAUUGA